AUGUUUACGGGAGAUUUCACCCAGAAGAAGAAGGUGGAUCUGGGGGGCAGGAGGAAAGAACUUGACAGGGGCAGGCUGCUGGAGCAAGCAAAGGCGGACAGGGAGCGGAGAGCAAGGGAGAAGCUCGAGAGGGUCAGCGCCACGAAGAUACAGGCAUUUGCCAGAGGCCGGAGGUCGGUGAGUGCUAGCCGCGAUCAGUCGCGCAACUCAUGGCAGGGGCAAUUUGGCGCGCUGGGAGAGCUGGCCACCAGGGAGGCCCUCCUUUACGACUCCCCUUUUCUGCCCCAGCUCCUCUUUUUCUUCCGGCUGAACAAUCCAACAGACAUCGUGAGGUUGGCCGCAGCAUGCCGCCUCCUGCUGCAAAACUACUCUGCGAAAGAGCCAACUGCGCUUUUCUUUGCUAAUGGCGAAGCUCAGAAGCAAUUGAUUAUGGCUCAGAGGGCGGCCAAGCUGGCGGUGACCUGCCUUCAAGCCGUCCAUCAUAACAGGCAGGCCCUUCUGUCCGAGCUGUCCAGCCCCUGGCAGGCAUCCCCCGGCAGCCUGGGCAACAUUCUCCUCCAGACUGUGCUCACCCUUUCGGGGGACUUCCCCUGGGCGCGCCAGGUCCUCGAAACGCUGGCGCGAGCGGAUCUGUUUGUAUACAUCCGGGACAUCUUAGUUCUGGUGGGGGGCAGUUCGAAGGCCGUGAGCUCCAUCGAGCGGGCGGCGCUCCUGCUGACGUCACGCUACUUCGAGGACCGGGUCGGCGACCUGGAAGGCUCCCUGCCCGCGCGCCUGCGCUUUGCCGCGCAGCUCGUCUCCAUCCCCUUCUUCUGGCAGCGCUUCUCCACCUUCAAGCAGGCCGCUGCAAGCCGGGGUCUUUGGCAGCGGUCGGUUCACAGCCUUGGGGGCAUACUGCCCGCGCUCGGAGGAGCUCUACCGGGCAGUCCUGGGCCCGCCCUGCCUUCGGAAGCAUGCCUCCUGGGGAACCUGCUCGAAGGAGCCCCGGGGGGGCUCACCGCUCCGCAAACUUCGACGGAAGUGGCGUCCGAGUUCAUUCGUGUGGGGCAGACCCUUAUGGAGGGAGUCCCGUCAACUUCGUACAGUCACAAAGCCGCAGACGUUGACGGAAUGGACGUGGAGUCCUCGGUCGAGUCUGCUCCGGGUCCAUCCCUGGACCCGGCCCUCGUCAAGCAGCUAGCGAAUUUGGGGGACGUCGCCGUGCUGAAACCGCUGGUCGCGGCACUCCUUUCCGUUCCAACAGAUCCCGCUCAACCCCUCCAGCCGCCAACCCCCUCGGAAGCUUCGCUCGUGGGCUCUCUCGCCUGGUUCCUCCAUUCGGUUCACACGCUCUUUCCGCCCCUCCGCGCGCGCCUCUUCACAAGCCUCGCCUUCUCGGCCCAGUUCACACAGCGCAUGUGGCUGUACCUGAAACGCUGCCACCUGGCGCGACAGUGGCCGUCGAUGGCGGUCGUCGGGUGGGAGAAGCAGCUGCUGCCGGAGUGGCUCGGAUGGAUGCUGCCGCUCGCCGUCUUCUGCCCCGUGUACAGCUAUCUCCUGAUGACAAUCGACGACGACGAGUUCUACGAGAAGCAGCGGCCGUUGCCUCUGGCGGAUUUGACCAUCCUGUUGUCGAUCCUGAAAGAGGCGGUGUGGCAGCUCCUCUGGACGUACAACUCUAAGCUCGGCUCCGGCAGCCCCCUGGCCACCCCCUCCGAUGCGGGGCUCUUCUCGGCUGCCGCCACCCCCCCUGCCAGCACUCCCAGCGCUACUGCGUCCUCCCAUGCGGACCUCUCGCCGCAGGCCUUUUUGAAGCACGUGGGCACCGUUGCGGCCACGCUACUGGCACAGCUAAACGACCGCAACGCCCGGAGGGAGUUUACUCAGCCGGAGAGCUUCCACGCCAAGGGCAUCGUGGACGAACGCUUCUACAUACAGGCACGGGACGAUCCCGAUAGUCAAGCAAGGGAGCUGCUGCGGAAGGCGCCCUUCCUCGUACCCUUCCCCGCACGCGUCAGGGUAUAUCAAUCUCUGCUCGAUGUGGCACGCUCCAAGGUCGCCAACUGGCAGACCCCCUGGACCGCCGCGGAGAUCCCGAUCCGGCGGAACCAUAUCGUGGAGGACGGAUUCGACCACCUGAGCGGACGCCCGGGAGAGUCGAUGCGGGGGCGCAUGCGGAUCCACUUUAUCAACGAGUUCGGGGAGCACGAAGCGGGAGUCGACGGAGGGGGCCUGUUCAAGGACUGUAUGGAGGGGAUCAUCAAGGUCGCCUUUGACGUGCAGUAUGGGCUGUUCAAGGAGACUGCAGACCACCACUUGUAUCCAAACCCGGCUUCCCACCUCGUCAUGACCAAUGGGGAUCACCUGCGGUACUACGAGUUCCUCGGGAAGAUCCUCGGCAAGGCGAUGUUCGAAGGCAUUCUGGCCGACAUCCCGUUCGCCACCUUCUUCCUCAGCAAGCUGCAGUCCAAGAACAACCUGCUGAACGACCUGCCGUCCUUAGACCCAGAGCUGUACAAAAGCCUCAUCUUUCUCAAGCACUACGAAGGUGACGUCGUAGACCUGGGCCUCUUCUUUUCGGUGGAGAACAACGAGCUGGGCGAAAUGGCCGAGACGGAGCUCAUUCCCGGGGGGAAGGACAUCCCCGUUUCCAACGAGAACAAGAUCAAGUACAUCUACCUCGUCGCGAACCAACGGCUGAACCUGCAGAUCCGGCGGCAGAGCGCGGCGUUCCAGGAGGGCUUCGCCCAGGUGAUUGACCCGGAGUGGAUCCAGUUCUUCAACGAACAGGAGCUACGGAUCCUCAUCUCCGGCUCCAAGGAGUCCGCCGACAUGGACGACUUGCGCGAGAAUGCGGUGUACGGCGGGGGGUAUGACGACAAGCACCCGGUCAUCCAGGCCUUCUGGGACGUGGUCAAGUCGCUGGACUCGCGACAACAGAGGCUGUUCCUGAAGUUUGUGACGGGCUGCUCACGGGGGCCCCUCAUGGGCUUUAAGUACCUGCAGCCCCAAUUCGCCAUCCACAGGGCCGCCCCGUCCGACCAGCCGGAUGCCUCUGUCCGCGCCGACAUCGUGAACCGGCUCCCCACGUCUGCCACGUGUAUGAAUCUGCUGAAGCUCCCUCCAUACCGGAACAAAGACAUGAUGAAACAAAAGCUGCUAUAUGCCAUUACCGCCGGGGCUGGCUUUGAUUUGAGCUGAAC